UUUCAAUCUUUCAGCCAAACAAGAAUGAUAUUCUGAUUUUUCAGUGAUUAUUUCUUUCAUAUUUCAUUUACAAGAGACAACAGAAUUUCCCUCGCCUGUAUAUUUUUGACAAGCCGGUGAAUCGUUUGAAGAUUAGAUAGAAUAAGGGUCGAUAGCGCGAGAAUGUUGAAUAUGUAACUGUACCAUACAUUCAAUAAGUUUUUAGUAAGCCGACAAAUUUUUUUCUGAACAUAAGAAUGGUCCCAUGAAACAGAAAUACCCAACUUGGUUGGAGUGUUUUUUGUCGGAAAAAAAUGGUGCUCACUGGACUUCACUUGUAUUUCUUGCUUCUCCUCGGACUCCUCCUUCUGCUCCACCUCUCUUCUUCUCUUUCUUUUCGUGAAAUUUCCAAUCAAAAUGAUGAAGAUGUCAAAAGGUCUCAGUUCCCAGAUGGGUUCCUCUUUGGCACUUCCACUUCAUCUUAUCAGGUUGAAGGAGGGUAUCUUCAAGAUGGCAAGGGCCUCAGCAACUGGGAUGUUUUCUCUCACCUUCAAGGAAACAUAGAAAAUAAUGAUAAUGGAGAUGUUGCUGAUGACCAUUACCACCGAUUCUUGGAAGAUAUUGAGAUUAUGCAUUCACUUGGAGUAAAUGCAUACCGAUUCUCAAUUUCAUGGGUUAGAAUUUUACCAAAAGGCAGAUUUGGUGAAGUUAAUCCAAGUGGAAUCAUGUUUUAUAAUAACAUUAUAGACCAUCUCUUGCUCAGAGGAAUUGAGCCGUUUGUGACCAUAUUCCAUUUUGACUUACCACAAGAACUAGAAGAUAGAUAUGGGUCUUGGCUCAGCCCUCUAAUUCAGGAAGAUUUCGUACAUUUUUCCAAAAUAUGCUUUGAGAAUUUCGGUGAUCGAGUUAAGUACUGGGCAACCAUCAACGAGCCGAACCUGUUAAGUGAAAUGGGAUAUGUUAGGGGAUGGUACCCUCCAGGUCACUGUUCAGCACCAUUUGGAAAUUGUUCUGCUGGCAACUCUGAUGUAGAGCCCCUCAUUGUUAUGCACAACAUGUUAUUGUCACAUGCCAAGGCUGUUAAGCUAUACCGUGAGCAGUUUCAGCAAACACAAGGUGGUUCCAUAGGAAUAAUUGCGAGUUCACACAUGUUCGAACCCCUGAGAGAUGAAGAAUCAGAUCGAAAAGCUGUGAGUAGGGUUCUGGCUUUCGUCCUAGGCUGGAUGUUUGAUCCCUUAGUAUAUGGAGAUUAUCCACCAGAAAUGCGUCAAUAUCUUGGAACUGAAUUGCCUAGUUUCUCCCGUGAAGAAACUAAGUUGAUCAAAGGUAGUACAGAUUUCAUUGGCAUCAACCAUUACUCAACUCUAUAUGCCAAGGACUGCAUCCAUUCUGCUUGCAGUUCAGGCAGCAAUCAUGCAAUCAAAGGCUUUGUGUACACCACCGGAGAACGAGAUGGAAUUCCAAUCGGAGAACCAAGUGGAAAUCCAGAAUUCUUUGUUGUUCCAGAAGGCAUGGAGAAACUCAUUAACUAUGUUAAGGAAAGAUAUAAAAACAUGCCCAUCUAUGUGACAGAAAACGGGUAUGCACCACCAAGGGAACAGAGUAAACAAGUUGAAGAUUUGCUUCAGGAUGUCAAGAGAAUUGAGUACCAUAAAAGCUACCUUGCUGCUUUGGCUAGAGCAAUAAAGACUGGAGCUGAUGUUCGAGGAUAUUUUGUUUGGAGCUUGAUGGACAACCUAGAAUGGAUAGAUGGUUUUGGCACGAUGUUUGGACUCUACUAUGUCGAUCGCCAGACUCUUGAUCGGACUCCAAAGCUUUCUGCUAGAUGGUAUAAGAAUUUCCUCACCAAUAUUACCACUCCCAAUGAUAUAAGUUCAUCCAAAAAGAAGUUCUUUGUCACCAGAUCACAAAAUAGAAGAGUACAAAUAUAUUGAUUAUUAUGUUGCCGUAUGAUAUGGCUGAAAAAUGAAGUGGUAUGUGCCAUUUGUUGUAGUUGUAGACUUUGUUAUUUUAUGAAAGAAUAUGACAUGUUAACCCACGCACACUAACCAACUAACACUACAUUCAUUUUGUAUCUGCACACUAACCCACACACACAUUUCCUAGACCAAACCAGACCUAUAAAUGUUUAUUCUGAAGUCAUGAUAUCAAUUGGUAGUUUAAAUUCUGUGUUUA